GUCCGUAUAAAAGACAGUCGUUCUGGGUUGUUCUAUUAUAUCUUUUGGGACCUGGUGGCAAGUAGGUGUGGUGACAAUUAGUACACUGUGUUCUCAUAUUUGAUUUUGCCUAUCUUCAGUCGAUUUUGGGUGAAAAAUGUCGACUCCUUACAAAGGCAAAGGACGAUGCUUCGGGGAGUACAGGUGUCCGAAAUGUAAAAGGGGUUGGAUGAGUGCUAACUCCUGGGCAAAUUACGGUCAGGAGUGCACUCAGUGCAAGAUUAACGUUAUGCCUCAUAAACAGAGACCUCUCCUGAAGCCGGAUGGCUUGGACAAGAGUGAUCCGAACAAGAGACAUCCACAAGAUCUCUGCGAAAAAUGCAAAGCUCUGGGAAGAUAUUGCAGAGACACCUAUUACUAAACUAGAGAGUAUUUUUUGCUGGGCUUUUUUUUAACUGAACGCGUCAGACCGUUAUUUUGUAUUUCACUAAAGGAAUCAUAAAACAAUUAAGGGUAGAAUGAUC